UAUCAUGGCUCCUGGUUGUGCCCCGGUGGGCUCCGUCUGGGUUUUCUUUUGCAUUUUAAUUUUGUGUCUGCAGCGGGGAAGGGCUUUCGGUGAAACCAGAGACACCGAGUUUACUUUCAUUUUGCCAGCUGGGAGAGUCGAAUGUUUUUACCAGAAAGCGACGCGAAACAGCACCAUAGAAGUGGAGUACCAGGUGAUCGCCGGCGCUGGCAUGGAUGUCGAUUUCACAAUCGCUCACCCCGAGGGCUUCCGGCUGGUCUCGGACUUCAGGAAAUCGGACGGGAUCCACACGUGAGUCGGGGCUGAGAAAGCUGUUUCGUUCAUGGGGGGAGAGGAGGGUAUACUGAUACAGGAGCAGGCAUUCCUGGGCACUUGGAGCCC